AGAGUCACGAUGAUUCUUGCGUUUAUUCUUGCCGGAGCGAUGUACGAGCCAGUUUUCUCAUCUCGCCCAUCAAUACUGGAAGCCAACGUCAAGCAUUCCACGCGGCCGCCAGCAAAAUGCGAGUUUUCCGUACACAGAGAUGGUCCCAAUGGCGAGCUUGUGACAGGAGUAACUCUUGACGUCGAGCUAUUCUACAGUAUCAGAUGCGAAGCGCAUGAUAACUACUGCCUUUCUGUGGCUAACUGUACAAUCAGUUCCGGGGAGCCCAACCUCAAACCAUAUGCAAUCAUUGACGAGAACGGCUGCUCUCUAGAGUCAUCUCUGUACGAUGAUGUCAAGUAUGAGACGAAUUUUAUGGCGUUCAUUCGAAAUCCAUAUCCAGUCCGAUUUCGUUCCUCUUCUGGAGCCGUGGUACUGUAUUGCGUGACGACUUUGAUGCCGACAACGAUAGAUGGUGUUUGCGAACGACAUGACUGCUUGAAAGAUUCAUCUUCAUCUUCUGCGGUUUCGUCACCCUCAGUUUUUUCCAGUAAUGAUACCCUGCAGCAGAUGCAGUCAUCAAAUUCACUUCCACUGUGA